AUGACUGAUGGUCCCCUCGCGCUCCUCUGCACUCAGCGUUCUGUCAGCACUCACCAUGACGGGCUAAUUUUACCCACGCCGCUCACGCCCUCGCCACGUCCAACGCCGUCCGCCCUUCCUCUGCUCCCUGUCUCCUCCACAGCCUUCCUCUGCUCCCUGUCUCCUCCACAGUCUUCCUCUGCUCCCUGUCUCCUCCACAGCCUUCCUCUGUUCCCUGUCUCCUCCACAGCCUUCCUCUGCUCCCUGUCUCCUCCACAGCCUUCCUCUGCUCCCUGUCUCCCCCACAGCCUUCCUCUUCUCCCUGUCUCCUCCACAGUCUUCCUCUGCUCCCUGUCUCCUCCACAGCCUUCCUCUGCUCUCUGUCUCCUCCACAGCCUUCCUCUGUUCCCUGUCUCCUCCACAGUCUUCCUCUGCUCCCUGUCUUCUCCACAGCCUUCCUCUGGUCCCUGUCUCCUCCCAAGUCUUCCUCUAUUCUCUGUCUCCUCCACAGUCUUCCUCUGCUCCCUGUCUUCUCCACAGUCUUCCUCUGCUCCCUGUCUCCUCCACAGCCUUCCUCUGCUCCCUGUCUCCUCCACAGUCUUCCUCUGCUCCCUGUCUCCUCCACAGUCUUCCUCUCCUCUCUGUCUCCUCCACAGCCUUCCUCUGCUCCCUGUCUCCUCCACAGUCUUCCUCUUCUCCCUGUCUCCUCCACAGCCUUCCUCUGCUCCCUGUCUCCUCCACAGUCUUCCUCUGCUCCCUGUCUCCUCCACAGUCUUCCUCUGCUCCCUGUCUCCUCCACAGCCUUCCUCUGCUCCCUGUCUCCUCCACAGUCUUCCUCUGCUCCCUGUCUCCUUCACAGCCUUCCUCUACUCUCGUCUCCUCCACAGCCUUCCUCUGCUCCCUGUCUCCUCCAAAGCCUUCCUCUGCUCCCUGUCUCCUCCACAGUCUUCCUCUACUCUUUGUCUCCUCCACAGCCUUCCUCUACUCUCUGUCUCCUCCACAGUCUUCCUCUGCUCCCUGUCUCCUCCACAGCCUUCCUCUACUCUCUGUCUCCUCCACAGUCUUCCUCUGCUCCCUGUCUCCUUCACAGCCUUCCUCUACUCUCGUCUCCUCCACAGCCUUCCUCUGCUCCCUGUCUCCUCCACAGCCUUCCUCUUCUCCCUGUCUCCUUCACAGCCUUCCUCUACUCUAGUCUCCUCCACAGUCUUCCUCUGCUCCCUGUCUCCUCCAGAGCCUUCCUCUGCUCCCUGUCUCCUCCACAGCCUUCCUCUGCUCCCUGUCUCCUCCACAGUCUUCCUCUGCUCCCUGUCUCCUCCACAGUCUUCCUCUACUCACUGUCUCCUUCAUAGUCUUCCUCUGCUCCCUGUCUCCUCCACAGCCUUCCUCUGUACCCUGUCUCCUCCACAGUCUUCCUCUGUAACCUAUCUCCUCCACAGUCUUCCUCUACUCUGUGUCUCCUCCACAGUCUUCCUCUGCUCCCUGUCUCCUCCACAGCCUUCCUCUGUACCCUGUCUCCUCCACAGUCUUCCUCUGCUCCCUGUCUCCUCCACAGCCUUCCUCUGUACCCUGUCUCCUCCACAGUCUUCCUCUGCUCCCUGUCUCCUCCACAGCCUUCCUCUGCUCCCUGUCUCCUCCACAGUCUUCCUCUACAGUCUUCCUCUGCUCCCUGUCUCCUUCACAGCCUUCCUCCGCUGUCUGUCUCCUCCACAGCCUUCCUCUGCUCCCUGGCUCCUCCACAGCCGUCCUCUGCUCCCUGUCUCCUCCACAGUCUUCCUCUACACUCUGUCUCCUCCACAGUCUUCCUCUACUCUCUGUCUCCUCCACAGCCUUCCUCUGCUCCCUGUCUCCUCCACAGUCUUCCUCUGCUCCCUGUCUCCUCCACAGCCUUCCUCUGCUCCCUGUCUCCUCCACAGUCUUCCUCUGCUCCCUGUCUCCUCCACAGCCUUCCUCUUCUCCCUGUCUCCUCCACAGCCUUCCUCUUCUCCCUGUCUCCUCCACAGCCUUCCUCUGCUCCCUGUCUCCUCCACAGUCUUCCUCUGCUCCCUGUCUCCUCCACAGCCUUCCUCUUCUCCCUGUCACCUCCACAGUCUUCCUCUGCUCCCUGUCUCCUCCACAGCCUUCCUCUGCUCCCUGUCUCCUCCACAGCCUUCUUCUUCUCCCUGUCUCCUCCACAGCCUUCCUCUGCUCUCUGUCUCCUCCACAGUCUUCCUCUGCUCCCUGUCUCCUCUGCAGCCUUGA